GGAGGCAAAUGCGCCAUCUGGAAGUAGGAAUGAAGCUCAGCAUUCAAACAUGGCAUUUGUCACAGUGAGACCUGUGGACAUGAAGGUUACCACAUCUGCAGAGGCAGGGAAAAAGCCACAACCUACUUCAAGCCACCUGCAGACCCUGACCGAAGCCCCAGAGAGUCCUGAGGAGGAAGAACCUUCCUCAACCCUAGAAGAAAUCCUGGCUCAGACUUCAGAGCUCUCUGAAGAAAUGGAAAUGUCCUCAACCCACCAAGAGGCCCCAGCUCAGCCUCUAGGCCCUCUUGUGGAGGCUGAACUUUCUGCCACUAAAACAAAGCCAGCUCAACCUUCUGAGUCUUCCAGGACAGAAGAACCUUCUGAAAUCCAGUUGAAAGCCCCAGAUCAGCCCUCAGAUUUGGAAACUGAAGAGCUGGAAACUUCUCCAACCCAGUUGAAGCAACCAGCUCAGCUUUCAGAGCAUGGUGAAGAAAGAGUGUCAACUCCACAUCACCACAAAGCUAAGCAUCCACACUUGCUCCAUGUGACUGGUAAACCUCUGAAUCUGCAGCUUGCCAAAACCCCAGAACCCACCACAGAGGAGGGAAACUUCCCAGUGCUCCCCAAGGCUGCAGCUCAACCCUCAACUCCAGUGAAUGAUGUGGAACCUUCUCUAAGUCAGCAAGAGGCCCCAAGUCUGUUUUCUGAGCCCUCCGAAGGAGCUGAGCUCUCACAAUUUCAGCAGGAGGCUCCAGCUACAUCUGCAGAACUGACUCAGCAAGAGACCCAAGUUGGCAAUCUACACACUUUUGAGGAGGGUGAACCAUCUUGGACCACUCAAGAGGCUGCAGCUCAGCCUCCAGAGCUCCCUAAUGAACUCAUACCUCAGCCUCCAGAACUACAGGAGAAAACAGUCUCUCCUGUAGGUGAUGAGCAAGUUCAGCCUCCAACACUGACCCGUGGUGCUGUUACUUCUGCAGAGUCAUUGUCUAGUGAGGUUGAAAUUGAAAGUUCAAGUGCACAGGAGGCCCCAGCUCAGUCCUCAGUGUCCCUUGAGCAGCUUGAACCUCUUGGAGACAGUCAAGAGCUUACAACUCCACAGCCAAACCCUGCCGUAAAGGAUGAACUCUUUCCAUUUGAUAGGGAGGUUCCAACUCCACACCCAGAAAUUGCUGGGGAACAUUCCCCAGCCCAGCCCCAGAGCUUAGCUAUGUCCCCAGGCUCCUCUGGUGUAGCAGUUUCACCAAUGCAGCAAGAGCUCGUAGCUCAGUUUUCAGGACUCCCCGGGAAGGUUAUUCUUUCUCUUUUGUUGACAGAGAGAGUAACAUUUUCAGCCCAGCCUUCAGAGCCACCUGAGGACACAGAACCAUUUUCAGUCCCCUGGGAGGACGAUGCAGCUCCACUUUCAGAGCCACCCAACGAGAUGGAACCUUCUCAAGCUCAGCAGAUGACCCCACCUCAGCCUGCAGAGGAGGAAGAACCAUCUCCCGCACUGCCACCAGCUGCAUCUCCUCCUCCACAUCCUCCUGAGGAGGUAGAACUUUCUCCAACCCAGCCCAUAAUGCUCCCUCAGCUUCCAAGUGAGCCACCCAGUGAGAGCGCAGCUCACCCUCCACCCCGUUCUGAGACGACAGUUCCAACUCCAGCUCAGGGUCAAGCUCAGCAGCCAAGCGUCGCACUUCAUCCUUCGGACCUGGAAGCCACCAUCAUUCCAGAACGUACUACAAAUGGUGAAUUUUCUACAGCCCUGAAGAAGGCUACAGCUCUUCCUCCGAAGCACCACGAAGUGACACUUCCACCUCCAGACUGGGUUCAGACUCAGCAUUCAAAACUCAGUCUGCUCACAGGCCGACCUUUGCACAGGAAGCUUAUCAGUGCUCCAGGAACUAGUGCAAAAGUUAGGUCUUUUCCAACUAUGCCCAAGGCCCCAUCUCAGCCUCCAGAACCACCUAAGGUGGUUCCAACUCCAGCGUCUCAUGAGGUGAAAGUUGGAACUCCAGGUCUGGAGCCAGCUCAGCAUCCAACACCACCCACAAUCACAGACCAACCUUUGAACCCGGAGCUCACAGCUGCAGUACUCACCAUAGAGACUCAGGUUUCUGUACCUCUGCAGGAAGCUGCAUCUCCUCCUCUAGAGCAGCCUAAGGUGAUGCUAACACACCCCAAGCAGGUGCAGGCUCAGCAUCCAAACCUGGCUGAAGUCACCAUUCAGCCUUUGGAUGUGAAAUUUGUGGUCACUGAGUAUUCUGUGAGUCACUCUCCAGGAAAGGCUUCCACGCUGCAAGAGAAGCAGAAUGCCAGGACACACACUGACAUAUGUGAGCUCUGUACCUGCCGGAAUGAGACCUUGUCGUGUACUGGUCUCAGGCCAAAGCACAAGCUCCACCAAGUGCCUGUAUUAGAGCCCAACAACACCUUUACCACCUUCAAUUUCCAAGAAAAUGCUAUUUUUCACCUCGGUAAGAAGAGCUGGACAACAUACAGGUGGGCGGAGAAACUAAAUCUCAGUGAAAAUGGCCUGACUGGAUUACAUAAAAAUUCCUUUAAAGGCCUGCUGUCCCUCCGGUAUUUAGAUUUAUCCUGCAAUAAAAUACAGUUUAUUGAAGCACAAACAUUUGAAGCACUACCCUUUUUGCAGGUUUUAAAUCUUCGCUGUAACUUAGUUACACAGAUUAGCUUCGGGACGUUUAGGGCAUGGCAUGGAAUGCAGCUUUUGCACAGAGUCAUCCUCAAUCACAAUCCUCUGUCGAGUGUUGAAGAUUCCUAUCUUUUUAAAUUGCCAGCAUUAAGAUAUCUAGACUUGGGGACAACACACACGCCACUUCUGGCGGUCGAGAACAUCCUCAUGAUGACACUUGAAUUGAAAACACUGAUCAUACCGAGGCACAUGGUCUGCUGCCUCUGCCAAUUUAAAAGUGAUAUUGAGGUUGUCUGCAAGACAGUCAAGCUGCACUGUGACAGUGAGUGCGUGACCAAUCCCACACAGUGUCUUGAGGAAGCCCCUGUAGGGAACCCAGAAGGAGUCUUCAUGAAGGUGUUGCAGGCCCGGAAAAAGAACACCAAGACUGAGCUGGUGAUUGACUCUGAGCCACCCCCUCCAGAAACCUCUGUCCCCUUGCUGUCGUCCCCCGGAGAUGAGUUUGAGACCCAGCUAAACCAGCAGCUUCACAUCCUCAUUCCCAACAAGGAGUUUAGGAGGUUCAUUUGGUAUAUGAUAAGAACUUUCAAAAGGGACUGUUCCGAGCCCAGCAUGCACCUGGCCUGUGCCAAGCUCAUCUCCAGAACAGGCCUCCUGAUGAAGCUGCUCAUGCUCAGUGAGCAGCAGGAAGAGAAGGUGGCCCAGGCCCAGUGGGACACGGAGCAGUGGAAGAGCGAGACCUACAUCAAGGAGAGCUCGGGGGUCUCCAGCAAUCAGAAGGCGCAAGGCGAGCCAAGAGGCCACACACAGGAAGUUCCGGGACACGGCUACAACAAGAAGCUCAUCCUGGCAAUAUUAGUGACAGGGACCUCAAUGCUUCUGAUCAUCAUUCUCUGUCUCAUCAAGAUUUGCUCCCACAGAACAGCUUCGGGGAAAGAUGACAGAGGGUCGUCAAAUAGCGUUUGGAGGCAGAGAAGGAAGUACUCAAGGAAAAAGGACAGUCAGGAGGGCGUCUCCCGGUUUAGGCUGCUGCUGUGGUUCAGGGACCUGAGCAGGCUUCUCAGAGUCACCCAGCAGCAAAGCAUGGUGCAGAAGCUGCACGACAAGGACUCUUCUGACGAGGAUGAGAGUGUCGUAUGGGGUGCAACUGACGCCCCCUCAGAGGCAAAGGAAUCCACAAAGUCAGCUGAGUGACCCCUUCCCACCUUAAGUGAGUUCAAAAAAAUUUCAAAAUGAAAUCCCAGGUACACAGGCACAUCCUGGCUGUGCUGACUUUGGGAGGAGCUGGGAGGAAUUUGUUCAGGGGCCCAAUCCCGGCCUUGGCCCUGGGUUGUGGCGGUGUCAUUGAGAGGGGUUUUGAGGGCCAACCUUAGCAACUCUCCAAGGCGGGGGGCAUGGAGCCCUGGCUCCAUGUGUGAAGGAGCAGUGUGGCCCUAAAAGGACACCAGGUGUCAACCAUGGGACACGUUCUACUUAUUUCACCGCUUAGCUGUCCAACUUUCCGGCAUGUACGUGGAUGGACGGAUGGAUGGGUGGAUGUUAGAUACAAAGGACAUGGCUAUGAGUCAUACUUUCCUUUGUCCUGGGGAUGGAACCCAGAUCUUUCACACUGAACUACAUCUCUGGCCCUUUUCAACUUGUUUUUUAUUUUGAUACAGGAUCUUGCUAAGUCACUAAAUUGCCCAAGCUGUGCUAAUACUUGCAGUCCUCCUGCCUCAGCCUCCCAGAGUGCCGAGAUUACAGGUGUGAGCCACCACACCUGGCUGGAACAUACUCUAGGAGGCUGGCCCUGACCCCACGGGUGUGAAC